CUUUAUAUACCUAAACAGAUGGGAUCCGAGCUUUGUCUCCAGGCUGUCAGUGUUAUUCUCGACAGGCGCUGUGAACGACUCUCAUCGCGUUUCUCUCCAUCUCCGUUCAUCUACGAGCACCAGCGCUGCAUUGACAGCCUCAUGCCACAGACAGGUCGCUGGGUUUAAGCUGUCACCCUGAUGCUGGAUCGAGCCGUGUUGCUCGAGAGAGAAAGCUGAGACGGAACAAUACCGACGGAGCCUGUGUAUCGUUGGCAAGUGAAUAUCAGCUUUCGUGAAGGACUCUGUCACCGCGCCUUUCCAAGCGGAGGACAACAAGCGACAGUUCCUAUAGACGCUUACUGUAAACGCCAGCAAUGCCGGGGUUUGACUACAAGUUCCUGGAGAAGCCCAAGAGACGCUUUCAGUGUCCUCUUUGUAGCAAAGCAAUGAGGGAACCCGUCCAAGUUUCCACAUGUGGACACCGAUUCUGCGAUACCUGUCUGCAGGAAUUUCUCAGUGAGGGGGUCUUCAAAUGCCCGGAGGACCAGCUCCCACUGGAUUACGCCAAGAUCUACCCUGACCCUGAGCUGGAGCAGCAGAUACUGGCGCUGCCCAUCCGCUGUAUUCACAGUGAAGAGGGCUGCCGCUGGACCGGCCAGAUGAAACAGCUACAGAGCCACUUCUCAACCUGCGCCUUCAAUGUGAUCCCCUGUCCCAACCGCUGCUCCGUCAAGCUGACACGCAGAGACCUGCCUGAGCAUCUGCAGCACGACUGUCCCAAACGCAAGGUCAAGUGCGAGUUCUGCGGGAGCGAGUUCACAGGAGAGGCCUAUGAGAACCACCAGGGCAUCUGUCCGCAGGAGAGUGUGUACUGCGAGAACAAAUGUGGCGCGAGAAUGAUGAGGAGACUAUUAUCCCAGCACACCAUGACAGAAUGCCCCAAACGCACGCAGCCCUGCAAGUACUGCGGCAAAGAGUUUGUCUACGACACCAUCCAGAACCACCAGUACCACUGCCCUCGCUUUCCCGUGCAGUGUCCUAAUCAGUGCGGCACCCCGAACAUCGCACGUGAGGAUCUGGCCAACCACGUGAAGGAGAGCUGUGGCAGCGCGCUGGUCCUCUGCCCUUUCAAGGAGGCUGGCUGCAAACACAGAUGCCCAAAGAUGGCAGUUGGACGACACCUGGAAGAGAGCACAAAGUCCCACCUGACCAUGAUGUGUAAUCUGGUGGGACGGCAGCGGCAGGAAAUCAUGGAGCUGAGACGUGAAAUGGAGGAGCUGUCGGUGAGUCACGACGGCGUUCUCAUCUGGAAACUGACCGACUACUCGCGCAAGCUGCAGGAGGCCAAACUGCGCAACAACCACGAGUUCUUCAGCCCGCCCUUCUACACGCACCGCUACGGCUACAAGCUCCAGGUGUCCGCCUUCCUGAACGGCAACGGCAGCGGCGAAGGCUCGCAUCUGUCCAUCUACAUCCGCGUGCUGCCCGGCGAGUACGACAACCUGCUGGAGUGGCCCUUCUCCUACAAGGUCACCUUCUCCAUUUUGGACCAGAGCGACCCGUCGCUGUCCAAACCUCAGCAUAUCACGGAGACCUUCAACCCUGAUCCCAACUGGAAGAACUUCCAGAAACCGUGCAGCAGCCGAAACUCGCUGGACGAGAGCACGCUGGGCUUCGGCUACCCCAAGUUCAUCUCGCACGAGGAGAUCAAGAAGAGGAACUACAUCCGCGACAACUCAAUCUUCCUCAAAGCUUCCAUAGAGAUCCCUCAAAAAAUCAUGGCCUGAAGCUGUGCGAGUGACGAUUUGUCUUGACGUACGUCUUUGUGGACCCUUUUCCUGUCAGAAACUCUGCCGAAAGACUCAGAGCUCGUCUGUCUGGUUAUUCGAGUGGGACCCACGUAGAAGUGUUUUCGCAAAGUCAUCACUUUUGGAUUUGCUUUCUAACACUCUCUUCCUCAAUCUACAGCAACGCCUUUGGACAUUCAGUAGUGCCUAGAACAUUUAAUUUAAAUGUUAUUUUUAAAGCGCGAUUUAUGUUAUUUCUCUCACAGAUGUCAAGUAAACGAUGGAAGCGGACUGUGAAAGGCUAUUCGUAAGCUUUGCACUUUGAGAAAGUUCUUCGGAGCUCUCUGGCAUUCGGCGUACUACACACACUAACCCUCUUUUUACCCUCUUGUGUACACACUUUCGCCUGGCAUCGGUCCUUGAAAAGAAACUCAACGGAACUUUUUUCCGGUUUAACUCAUUUUACGUAAACUAACAACAACGGCUGUGAACUAAAUGUAGCUUAACUCGCUCUAGCGGUUCGAGACUUGUUCGGUGCAUUGUAGUAUUUGAUAGGUCAACAAUAGGACCGAUUCCGAGGUGCUAAAGCUUUUUCGUUACUGUACGAUGGAAAACGACACAUUUUUGAAGCUCAUGCACUCCGGUUCGGAUCGAAAGCCAUGCGAGAGGUUGUUUACAUUCAGUCUGUGAGGAUCUACGACACGGACCAGUUUUGUUUUUUUUUGUACUGUAACCUGUAUUCUUAACCAGCGUGUGAGGGCUUGUUGCGUUGCGAUGGACGGACGAGCGAAAGGAACCAAAUUUUUUUUUAAUAUGUGAAAAAAAUAAAUGUGAGCAAACUAUUUGUGUCAUAAAUGGAGGGUGGUUUCGAAUGUGAACUCUGGACUCACAUGCUCAGUUGAUUCUUUCUGUUCUUUGUCUUACUCUGGCAGAUGAUGAAUAGAAAGGUGCGGGCACUCGCAACGGCCGCCCCAAAGCGAGUCGAGUGCGAGGGCGUCGUAUUCGAGCGGCGCUGGUAGCCAUGGUUGCCUGUUAGAGCAGCAUGUGAACGAGAAGAGAGUUCUUCCAUGUGCCUGAGGAAGAUGAGCCUUGUGCAAUAUGGCUGCCAUUGCUCCAUACAGACCAGUGGAGAACUUUGUCGAUACUUAUUAUAUAUUAUAUGUGAAUACUAAUAAAAAAAAAUGCAAAAGCACAUUCUUCUUCACAUUUAAUCUCGCUAUGAUACCAGCUAAUAUUUUGCAAGGAUUUUAAGAAAACCUGGAAAAAGAAAAAACAAAAGACAUUUUUUUGCUAAGAUUCUGUAUUUUACAAAGUACUUCAGAUGUUUUCUACAAGACUUUUUUGGCGAUGAGUUUCGGGGGCUGUACGUUGACGUUUUAUGGACCCUUUUUAUGUUUCUCCUCUGUGAAAUUUGCUCGGUCGUUUUGUUUUUGUCUGGUUUGGAUUUGGCAUAUUAUGUCUGUAUUAUUUCCUCUUGAGAAGUAUUUAUUUUAAAGCGCCAUGACAUAAGCUUGACAAGAAAUGGUGCAGAUGUUUUUAUAUGUUGAUUUGAUGAUUGCUUGUCGAAUAUCACUUGAAAUAAAACAAUGUCUACAAGA